CAGACCAGGAACAUCCUCAGAUUUGGUUACUGCUGGACUACUAAUCAAUCGCAGGGAGUUGCCGAGGCCUUGCCCUAGGUAGCCCUAAGUACUUGUGCAACCACCCGCCCUGCAAAUUGUCAUUUACGUAGUACUUGAGCAUUUCUCAGAUAAUACUUCCGGGUCAUUUGUGGUCUGAGGUCUCCGGGAAGAAUGCAGUUGCCGACGUCCGCGCUGGUGCCGGGCGCGGUGAGCUGUCAUAUGCAGGCUCGACGGCAAUGCUUGCUGUCUCGCCAUUCUAUGCUAGCAGCACCUCGCGGCCGCCUGGUCUCAGCACCUUGUGCUGCUGGCACAGUGCCACAAACGGCCGCUGUCGUGGGGUCACCAGGUCGGUCUACAGCCCCGCGUGUGCUGCUCGCGGAUGCAGGCCCAACCCCAGACCCAAAACGCGACCCUAGCAGCCAAGAUCCCUCCAAAUCGGAUCUUGGGCCGCACGGCCCCAAGCUGCUGCCCCGGCCGCGGCGGCCGCAGCUGGACCGGAUAGGGGGCCCGGGCGGCCCGCCCGGGGGCGGCGGCCCCGGAUCCGGCGGCACACAGCGUGUCAUUGCCAACCUGGUCGCUUACACGGGCAUCGUGGGAACCACCGCUAUCGUGCUAGCGGGCUUCGCUGGCAUAGACGUGUGGGAGUCGUUUCGCUGGACCAACACCAAUGACCUGGCUCUGGCGGCGGCGCUGAGUGUGCCGCUUCAGGCCGCCAACGCGGCGCUGCUGCUGCCCAGCUUCAGCGCCCUCAAGCUGCCGCACCUGGCAGACCUGAAGACCAUGGAGGCCAAUCUGAAGUACGAUAAGGAGCAGCGGGAGGCGGCGGCCCGGGCGGCGGAGGCGGAGGCAGCCGGAGCAGCAACAGCACCGGAGGCACCUGCCGCUGCAGCGGCGGUCAACGCGGCCACUGCAGCAGCGCCGGAGGCGGCGGCCGCCUCCACGUCUGCGGCCACCGCCUCGCCGGACGCGGGUGCGGCCUCGGCCUCCCCCUCGACCCCUGGCGCGCCCCAGCAGGCCGCCGCGCCAGGCCCAGCGCCAGCACCCCAGGCUGGAGCACCUCCGGCGCCGCUGCCGCUGCCGCUGCCGCCCGGCGGGCUGGUCCCGGCCUCCAGCUGGGGCGCGGGCGGCGGCGGCCCGGGGGGCUCGGGUCCGGACGUGGACCGGGCGGUGGUGCUGGGCGUGGACGUGACGGCGCUGCGGGAUGCGCUGCACCUGGCGCAGGGCCACAUCAUCUCCAACAACCCCACUGCGCGCAUCAACGCGGGCCUGGAGGCGGCGUUUGCGGCGGUGGACACGGCGGCGGGCGAGAUGCUGUACCGCGGCGUGGCGCUCACAUGGCUGGCGGCGUGGCUGGAGGACCGCAUCUACGAGGCAGGUGCGGAGGAGGCGCUCACGCAGCAACUGCCGGCGGCGCUGGCGGCGGCGCUGGGCCCGGCGGCGGCGGGCGCGGCGGAGCGGCUGGGCGUGUACGGGGACGCGGAGGUGGCGGUGGCGGCGGCCCUGGUGGCGUACUCGGCCUGGAGCGUGAUGGCGAGGAACCGGCGGGAGGUGGCGCGGCUGGAGGUGCUAAUGGACGCGGUGGGAAGAGGCAUGACCAAGGCCUCGGCCAAGAACGCGCUCAACGGCGACUCCGCCAAACGCGGCGGCGGCGGCGUGGCCACCACCGUGGUGAUGGGCCCAGGCGCCAUUCCCAUCGCCGCCUCAACCGCAGGCGGGCCCCUGAACGGCGGGGGCGCGGGCGGCGGCGGCGGCCCGCCGGGCAAGGCGGCGGCGCUGGAGGUGAUGACUCGCGGCGCGGCGGUGCGGGCGGCGCGGGACGCGCUGCAGGUGGCCACCAUCAACGUCGUGUUCAUCGCAACGGGCGGCAACCUGGCCGCCUCCUACGCCGCCGCACUGGCCAACCAGCUGCUCAUCAGCGCAUGGCAGAGGCUGGGCGCGCAGCGCAUGCAGCAGCGCUCCUCCGCGCUGGCCAAGGAGCUCAAGGCCUACAACGCCGAGAUGCAGCGCAUACUGGCCAAGUACACACACAAGCUGCCGCCGGUUGCGCGGACACAACUCGCUGCCAUGGACGCGGCGGCACCCGCCAGCAGCAGCAGCAGCAGCAGCAGCAGCAGCAGCAGCAGCAGCAGCAGCAGUAUCCAGGGCGGUGAGGCAGCAGCAGCAGCAGUAGCAGAAGCAGCUUCCACUGGCCCGACUAGCCUCGGGUCCGUAGCCAGUGAGGCGCCCGCUGGCGGCGACAGCGCCUCUGGGUUGGGCAGUAGCACUAGCAGUAGCACUAGCAGCAGUAGCGGCAAUGCGGGGGCACCAGCAACGCCAGGCGUGUAUGGUGGGGACGGCGGGAAACUGCAGAGCGCGCUGUCGGCGCUUUCUUUCCUGGUGCCGGAGCCGGAGCCAGCGCCGCGAAAGGCCCCAGCAGCAGCGGCGGCAGCAGCGGCGGCAGCGGCGGCCGGCGGGAGCGGCGCGGGAGGGGCGCACGAGAAGUCGUAGAGAGUGGGGGCUGAGUGAUCGCAGGGAGUGGGCCGGCGCGCGGCUGCUCGGGGCAGCGUUGCCUCAGGAGUGGGCUGAGUCGAAGAGCAUGGCCGUGUGCCAUGUACCGUAACACAGGGCGGCAGGUUGUGUGCUACGGAUGGAGUGCUGAGUGAAUGAGGGGGGAGGGUUGGCGGGGCGGAUCAUGGUUGGGCAGGCUCUUAAGCGGGAUGGCAUACCCGCUUGGCUGCAGUGCAGAUGUGAUGGAUGCGGGGUCAGUCCCGGCGGCUUGUGUCUGCCACCGACGCUGUACCUGCCAGCUGGGGGCGCGGUGCGUCCUGCUGAGGCUGUAACAUCAAAGCAUC